CUACAAUGGUGCCAAAAUCUACUCGUUAUCUCGUUUUCUACUCUCUUCCAUUUCAUCCUGGCCACCAGUUCCCGCCAUGCCGCCACCGCCGCCGCAGCGUCCAGCUUCAUCCCACGUUGGCCGCGCCAACCUCUUCUCCGCCUCACCGCCUCCCCUCUCCAAUCGCCGCUACCCCCAUCAUCGGUCGUUGCCCCUCCCGCCCGUCUCCCCACGCCGCCGCGACCCCAAGAAGCACUCCCAGCAGCCUUCCCAAGAAGAACCGACAGACAGCGGUCCAACAAGAACGGUCACAACCAACCCGGCCUUCCGCGCGGCCCAUCUCCGUACCGCGUACCGCAAGCCCGUGCCUCCAGCCGCAGCCGCCGGCGAAGGCGAGGCCCUCCUCGCCGCCGACCCAACCGAUGCCGCCUCGGGGCGCGCUGUCGUCGUGGGUCCCUCGGGCCUUUCCUUCCGCCUCCCCGGGGCGCCGUUCGACUUCCAGUUCAGCUACUCCGAGGCGCCCCGCGCCCCACCGCUCGCCAUCCGGGAACCGGCCUUCCUGCCCUUCGCGCCGCCGACCAUGCCGCGGCCCUGGACGGGCAAGGCGCCGCUUCUGACAAAGGAGGAGAAGGCGCGGCGCCGGGGCGUGCGGCUGCACACGCCGCUCGGGCAGGAGACGCCGCAGACGGUGAGCGCGCACGGGAUCAUGAUGGAGGUCAGGGAGAGGAGGAAAAUGGACCUGGCCAGGGUGAGCCCCGGUGACGGCAGGAGCAGGGAGGAGGUGCUCGGUGAGCCGCUCACCCCAUCUGAGGUGCGCGCGCUCGUCAAGCCGCACAUUUCACACAACCGGCAGCUGAACAUUGGAAGAGAUGGCUUGACUCACAACAUGUUGGAAAUGAUACAUUGUCAUUGGAGGCGCCAGGAAAUCUGCAAAGUUAGAUGCCGAGGCGUUCCAACUGUUGAUAUGAAGAAUCUCUGUUAUCAUCUUGAGGAGAAGUCAGGUGGAAAAGUCAUUCACCGAGUAGGCGGCGUUGUUUUUCUAUAUAGAGGAAGACAUUAUGAUCCUAAGACCCGUCCUCGCUAUCCACUAAUGCUCUGGAAACCUGCAACUCCUGUAUAUCCAAAACUCAUCAAAGAAGCUCCAGAUGGGUUUACAAAAGAAGAAGCGGAUGAAAUGAGAAGAAAAGGGCGUGAUCUGCUGCCAAUCUGUAAAUUAGCCAAAAAUGGAAUAUACAUCACUCUUGUCAAGGAUGUGCGAGAUGCUUUUGAAGGAAGUGACCUGGUGAAGAUUGACUGUGAGGGUUUGAAUCCAAGUGACUACAAAAAGAUUGGAGCGAAACUAAGGGAUCUUGUUCCCUGUGUUCUUUUAUCAUUUGAUGAUGAGCAGAUAUUGAUGCACAGAGGCAAAGAAUGGAAAUCCAGAUACUCGAAGCCUCUUACUCUCAUUCCAAAAGUUCCAAAGAAUAAUCUGGCAAUGACAUCUGUCAUGAAUAGUUCAGAUGAAGUUAGUGAUGCCAACACUCAAGUUGCGAUAAGAGAAGUAUUGAGACCCAAAAUGUUCAAAUUAUGGAAGAGUGCGGUGGACUCGUCUCUGGCAUUGCUGCUGGAUGACGCCGAAGCAAAUAAUCUCACACCCGAUUCGCUCCUGACUCUGGUUGAGGAGUUCAGCGUGACAUCUCAGGCGGUGGAGCACUCAUUUCCUGCUCUGCUUGUGACCAAUGGUGAUGCGAGCACCGACUCUCUAAGUGCAGAGUACAUGAAUGACGAGCCUGAAACAAGCGUUGCUGGAAACGAAGAGGGCCAGCUGGAGCAGUCACCUGAUCUCCGUGACGAUGAACAUUUUGAUGUCGACAUGUUUGAGCGUCUGGAGUCAUCUGUGCCAUUGGGAUCGCUGCCUAUUGACAGCAUGAUAGAGCGGCUGAACAGUGAGUGAAGUACAGCGAGCAGUUCGUUCUGUCCACUGGGAUAACUACUGAUGGUCAGAUUGCAAUCUCGGAUCGUGUGAUGCAUUAUCUACGUUCCUCCGGACCCUCAGUCUGGUGAUAAUCUCAAGAUCCGAGAAUUUCCUGCGAUUUGGUAGCAAACGUGAUGUAAAGAAACUAACUGUAGUAUGCAAGUGCGCCAUGCAUUUGGCAAACGCACCAACGGAUAACACGUCUCGUUUGCCAUCGUCAAUGAGUGCGCUUGCAUGUAUAUGAAUAUCUGCAUUUAUACUGUGUUUACCAAAAAAAAAAGUAUUGUGCCAUGCUCCAAAAAGAUGCGGAGCUAGCAGUGUCA